AUGUCCGCUGAGGUCCGUGUUCAUUUGAGAGUGGCAACCGACAACAUGGUUGAUCCCCGUCCAUACCACGUUCUCAGCUACGGCACCCUUUUGGGUGUGCAGAUCUACCAGUCGUUCGUGUCGGGCGUCAUCGCAUUCAAAGCCCUGCCUCGGCCGCAGUUCGCGCAGCUCCAGACGGCCACUUUCCCCAUCUACUUCUCUCUCCAGUCCGCGCUGCCCGUCGUCGUUGCGUUGACGGCCAGCCGGGCGGGCCAGCUGCAUGGCGUCUCCGGUCUUUUGGAGCCCGAGAACCGGGGCACGCUUCUUUCCAUGGCCACCGUCGCCAUCGCCAGCUUCGUCAACUUGACCGUCCUGCGUCCGAUGACGGUCAAUGUCAUGCGCGAGCGGAAGCACCAGGGGGUGCCAGAAACUCGCGACGGCAAGAAGAGCUAUGAUCCGGCUCCCCAUUCCAAGGAGAUGAUCGCUCUCAACAAGAAGUUCGGCCGUCUUCACGGUAUCUCUAGCUUGGUUAAUCUGGUUUGCCUGGGUGCUACGGUCUACUACGGUGCUGUGCUCGGGAAGCAGUUGGCGUAGGUGUCGGGCUUGCCUGAUUUCUGCAAGGACAUGGAGAGAGACACGGGGGGUGGGGGGUGGGGGAGAUUACUCCCAAACUAGGGUAGAGGCUGGUUAUAGCAUUUAUGCAAUUCACAACUAAGAUCCAAUGGACAAUGGCAAAUCCAUGAAUGGGACCAAUGGUGUAUUUAUCCAAGGUUAGUAACAUGGUGGAGCUAACAAUAUGUAUUUCUCUG